GUUGUGAGUCAAAUGCCGGGGUGUUAACUUCCGGUUUGUCUGCUAGAAGGAAAAGACCAAAGUUUGCAUAUUACUGCUGAAUCCAUCACCAUCUGCCAUGGAUAAAGAUGGAAGGAAAGUUGUUGUCUGUGAUAAUGGCACAGGAUUUGUCAAGUGUGGUUUUGCUGGUUCCAACUUUCCAGCGCACAUUUUUCCAUCAUUGGUUGGUCGUCCCAUUAUCAGAUCUACAGCUAAAGUAGGAGAUAUAGAAGUCAAGGACUUGAUGGUAGGAGAUGAUGCAAGUAAACUUCGAUCCAUGUUAGAGGUAAAUUACCCCAUGGAAAAUGGAAUAGUUAGGAACUGGGAAGAUAUGUUACAUUUGUACGACUACACGUUUGGACCAGAAAAGUUAAAUAUAGAUCCCAAAGACUGCAAGAUUUUAUUGACAGAACCUCCAAUGAAUCCAACGAAAAACAGAGAAAAAAUGGUGGAGACUAUGUUUGAGAAAUACCAGUUCCACAGUGUAUAUGUAGCUAUCCAGGCUGUAUUAACAUUGUAUGCUCAAGGUUUACUUACUGGAGUUGUAGUAGAUUCAGGUGAUGGUGUUACACAUAUAUGUCCUGUUUAUGAUGGCUUUGCCUUGCCACAUUUAACAAGACGUUUAGACAUAGCUGGUAGAGAUAUAACUAGAUAUUUAAUAAAGUUAUUGUUACUGAGAGGCUAUGCCUUUAACCACUCAGCAGACUUUGAAACAGUGAGAAUGAUGAAGGAAAAGUUGUGUUAUGUAGGAUAUGAUAUAGAACAGGAACAAAAAUUAGCUUUAGAAACAACAGUACUUGUAGAAACUUAUGCACUGCCUGAUGGAAGAGUAAUUAAAGUUGGAGGAGAAAGAUUUGAAGCGCCUGAAGCAUUAUUCCAACCUCAUUUAAUUAACGUAGAUGGAGUGGGCGUGGCCGAACUUUUAUUUAAUACUAUUCAAGCAGCAGAUAUAGACACUCGAGCUGAUUUUUAUAAACAUAUUGUGUUAUCAGGGGGUAGUACUAUGUACCCUGGAUUACCCAGCAGGCUGGAGAGAGAACUUAAACAAUUAUAUUUAGAACGAGUGCUGAAUGGAGAUACAACUAGAAUAUCGAAAUUCAAAAUAAGAAUUGAAGAUCCUCCCAGAAGAAAGCACAUGGUGUUCUUAGGUGGAGCAGUAUUAGCAGACAUAAUGAAAGAUAAAGAUAAUUUCUGGAUCACUAGAGCUGACUAUCAGGAGGAGGGGCUACGUGUGCUGAAUAAACUGACAGGACCAACGAAAUAAACAUUCCAAUCAUCGCUUAGCAACCAAUAAACGAUCAAAAGUUCAUAUCAUAGAGAUACCAGACAUUUAGUGAAGCUAAGCAAGGUUGAUUGUUGUCUGCAAGCAUCAUGUACAUGUUAUGCUACGUCUGCUUGCUUCAGACAUAAGUGUUACAUACUUAAGCAUGUUGAACAAUAUUUUUCCAUAUUUGAUUAUGUGAUGGUUAGAUUUUAUACAUAGUUAGUUGCCGGAUGGAAUUUAAAAUGUUUAACUGUCAGAUUUUAGAUAAAUUUGAUGAUAAAUUAUUUUCCACCUCGUGAAUUUUAUUGAAUUUCACUUGCAACUUAAGUUACUUGUUAAAGCGCAAAGAGGCUUAUAUUUUAUACAGCAUUAUUUCAUCUAUGUACAUCUAACAUACAAUCAGCUUUGCUUGGCUUUAUUAAUACCUAGAUAUGAAAAUCGUUACAUGUAUUUUAUUAUGAAUGUCAAUAUUGGUGCAGAUUUUUUGAAAAAAUGUUGAUUAGGACUUGUAUACUGUGGAUUCAAUAUUUUCCUUUUGUGAAUAAUAUUUUAAUGAAUUUCAUAGGUAAAGUUAACCUUAAAUCCAUGUGCAAAACAAGCAAAAAAAUCAUUGUCUUGCAUACAGAAUUUUUGCAAACCAUGAAAUCAUGUAUCCACAAAUUUCCUGAAUAAAAGAAAAUUGUAUCCUUUAAAAAAUAUGAAUCCACAGUAUAUGUAUGCAUUGAGUAAGAGUAAGCAGAUUUAUAAUCAUAAGAAAACUUGAUUGGCUGUCAGACAGUGUUCUCCUAAGAUUAAAUUAGAUAGCUCCAUGUGAUUGGAAGUCAUUUUGCUUCUCUAAAUUUAACACGUACAAUAUAUACUGUUUAAAAAUCUAUGCAGAUAGCAUCAUGGUAAAAAAAUCUAACACUAUGGUGCAUGUAUCAUGUAUAAUCAUGACGCUGUAAGGCAUUGGGGAGAACACUGUCUAGGGAGAAAUACAUAUACUCUUAUUACUACUAUAGCAAUUUCAUUUUGGGUAUCUUUUGAAAAUAUGAUAUUAAUUCACACAUACUUCAUGAGACUGAUUGACUCAAUAACUAUCAGGGUUCAUCAGAGGGUUUUCAGCCUAAAUUGACCCUAGCCACCUUUGUAUAAUGUGUGUGACCCUUGAAAAUUCUGUAAGAUGUGUCUGGUCCUUUUUACCUUUAGAUAUUGGCCUAUGAUGAACCCUGAUAAUGUAUGAAUGAUUUGGAUAUGUUUUACAUGAUUUUUUUCAUGGUAUUUUUGUUCCAUUAUGAAUUGAUGGCACUGCUUUAACAAAUACUGCCUUUAUAUUCAAGUCUUGAGAAAUAAAUUCUAGUGAAAUUCACAUAUCUUCUUUUAAAUUCAUCGAGGAGAUGUCUGUAAAAUAUUAUAAAAGAUAAAAGAUAAUCAAACAAAUUUCAAGUAUUAAACUAGAAACUUAAAAUAUGUAGUUAUCUAAAGAUGGAUAAAUCAAAAUAGUCGCACAUUUUGAAUGUUAAGCAAGAAGAAAAACAAUUUUUAUUAGCUUUUGAAAAGUAUAAAACUUAUUUUCAAGAAUUGAAAUGAAUGAAAUUACCUUUGUAAGCUGCUACCAUUCCAAGGAGUUUACAGAUAUCCAUUGGCAAUCUAUUUUAUGACUUUUCUAUAUUUUUAUAAUGUAUAUUUGUUCUGUUGAAGUCUGAUUAUUUAUAGAAUUGAAUUAAGUCUUGUAAUUGUUAAAAUCAUGUGUUCUUUUAAAAUUACAUGGUGCUCCAUGUAAGUCUUUAAUUUAUGUCAUUGAUUGGUAAAAUCACUUUUAACUUUCUUGAAGAGAGCACAUAUACCUCUUUUUUGUUAUAUUUUUGUAUAUGCACCUAAAAAAGCAUAGUCAACAAAAACAUGGGGAAAACAUGUUAUCAGUGAAUUCCUUUCUGAUGGAAUUUUACUUUAGCUUAUAUGCUUGAUGAAAUAUUUAAAAAAAAUAAGACCUAUGAAUUUAUUCAAUUUGGAAAAAAAAAUGAUUAAGAAAUGAAUGAAUAUGCCUUUUGAUUCAUUAUUCAACGAAUCAAGUGAACCUUUCAAUUUCUAUCUAGAUAUAGAAAAUUUAUCUUUUUAAUCUUCAUGUUGAAAGGAAAAGAAAAUUAAAUGGCAAUAUAUAACAGUAGAACUUUUUAUAGAGGAGGGAUGUUUUCACACAAUAGUAUAAUAUAUAGAAGGUGCUUUUUUGUAUGAUUUUCCAUGUCUCAUUAUAUGUAUAUUAUUAUUAUAUUUGUAAGAUAUUGUGUAUGCAAUGAUUAUGUAUCAAAUAAUAGUACUAUUGAUAAAAUGUCUUUCAAAUAAAUUUUAACAGUGAA